AGACACGUGUACAGGGAAGUAGGAAGUAAAUACAUUCGGUUUUCGGUGCCAGAAGUGACAGAUUGGCACCAUGCUUCCAGGCUACAGUCCUGUGACCCAGGCCCUGCUGGGGACUCUGUUCACCUGGGGCCUGACUGCUGCUGGGGCUGCCCUGGUCUUCGUCUUCUCCAGCCGACAGAAGCGGAUAUUGGAUGGAAGUCUGGGCUUUGCUGCUGGGGUGAUGUUGGCGGCGUCCUAUUGGUCGUUGCUGGCACCGGCCAUAGACAUGGCGGAGGAUUCGGGGAAGUACGGCUCGUUUGCAUUCGUCCCCGUGGCGGUGGGCUUCGCCCUGGGCGCGGCCUUCGUGUACCUGGCUGACCUCAUGAUGCCUGCUCUGGGUGUAGGGGUGGACCCCCACACAGCCCUUGCCCUGCCCCCAGACUCCAAACUGGCCAAGGAGGAGGACCUCUUGUUCCCAGCCUCAGACGAGAUGACCAUCAGGAUAGGUAGAGCAGGACCGCUCUCAGAUAAGAUUGAGAACGGAGGAGACGUGUACCAGAGGAGGAAAGGCCCCCACGUCGACGCUGGCUCCUCAGAUUCCGAGGGACAGGAAGUGGGCAGCCGGCAACAGGAAGAGGCAGGGCAAACCGGAAGCAGAUGGAGGCGCAUCGUCCUCCUGAUCCUGGCCAUCACCAUCCACAACAUCCCAGAGGGCCUGGCUGUGGGUGUAGGGUUUGGAGCCAUUGGAAAGACCUCAUCUGCCACGUUUGAGAGUGCCAGGAACUUGGCCAUUGGCAUAGGGAUCCAGAAUUUCCCAGAGGGCCUUGCGGUGAGCCUCCCUCUGCGAGGUGCAGGGAUGUCCACAUGGAAAGCCUUCUGGUACGGACAGCUCAGUGGGAUGGUAGAACCAAUCGCCGGGUUGCUAGGCGCCGUUGCCGUGGUGCUGGCGGAACCACUGUUGCCGUACGCCCUGGCCUUCGCUGCUGGGGCCAUGGUGUAUGUGGUGGUUGAUGACAUCAUCCCAGAGGCUCAACUCAGUGGGAACGGUAAGUUGGCUUCCUGGACCUCUAUCCUGGGCUUUGUAGUGAUGAUGUCACUGGACGUUGGGCUGGGCUGAGGCCACACCUCCACGUGGAACACCUCGCUGAUGUCACAGAAUGACGUCACGGCCAAUUGCCAGACCUUGGGGGGGGGAAAAAGGACCAAAUCUGCCUUCUCUCUAAAUGCUUGCUUUUGUUUUAUUAUUUUUUGUUGUUGAAUUAUGACAUUUUGUGAAUUUGAUUUUUGUUUUUUGGGAUACGGGAUCCUUAUUAUAAAAUGUGAUGAUACUUGAAAAGUGGUGUUUGUAUGACUAGUUUAGAUUGGCACUGAGACAGCCAUGUAUGAAAAGUUGAUUGUUGAUUUUGAAUAGAUUUUUAUGUCAUCUAAGGGCUAAGGCCAUUUUGGCUCCAGCUGUGUCAGCCCACUCCACAGUUGCACCUCAAGACUGUGUUUUGAAAGCUAUUUAUGGUCACUGAAGGAAACACAGGGAUCUGUGUCUACAGAUAAGUCACAAAUAACCAGCUAAAUGUGUAGGCUUGCCUGAUCCUAGAGAAGCAUUUUUGCUCAGAUUAUGAUGUAAUUUUUUUGCAAAUGGUGCACACCCUGAUUCAUUCAGGAUGGAAUGGUUUUUUCUUCUUCAAUGAUCAAACAUUUAAAUGACCAAGUGAUUCUGUGUCUGUUUUCCCUUGCUCUUUUACUUUAUUUAGCUUUUCCUCACAUACAUUCUUGAUCAACCUCAGGCUGGCAUUGUGUGUGUGUGGAUGAAGAGAAUGGGAAUAGCAACAUUUUACAGCUAGCCUCUCCUUUCUUAUGUUUUUCUCAACUAUAACACACACGUUCCAUUAUUAUUGCAUUGUUAGUACAUUACUAUAAUAUUAUGACAUUCUGUUAUUCUUACAGGUGAAAUUAAAUAUAAUUACUAAUAUGA